UGCAGGGAGUGUUUAUUCACAGUAUCUGGUUACAACAGGGUUUCUUGCAUUCCAAAACUGAGCAGUGCAGUGAGUCAUAAUUAAACAAAGUUAAGAGCGUGGUAUAGAUGUGCUUUUAUCAGUGAGUUUUCCCUAUUUAAAUUAAUUUAUGAACAUGAUCAAUUCUAUUUCAAAAUCUUAUCUUUUUUUCUUUGCUAGAUGGAGCCCUUAUGUUUCAGCAAGUGCCUCUUGUUGAAAUUGAUGGAAUGAAGCUUGUCCAGACCAGAGCUAUUUUAAACUACAUAGCAGCAAAAUACAACCUAUAUGGGAAGGACUUGAAAGAAAGAGCCAUGAUUGAUAUGUAUGUGGAAGGAAUCAGAGAGCUGAUGGACCUUCUUAUAAAGCAUCCAUUCUUGCCUUCUGCAGAAAAAGACAGCAACACUAAACUCAUCCAAACAAAGGCUAUAGACAGGUGCUUUCCAGUUUAUGAACAGGCCUUGGCUCAGAGUGGAGGGGGUUACCUCGUUGGUGGCCAGCUUACCAAGGCCGAUGUUCAGGUGUUUGAGGUUGUUUUGAUGGUUGAAGAAAAAUUACCUUCAAUUUUGUCCAGUUUCCCGCAGUUACAGGCUUUUCGAUCAAGAAUGAGAAAUGUGCCAGCCAUCCAGAAGUUCCUACAACCAGGCAGCCAGAGAAAAGCACAACCUGAUGACAACUAUGUGAAAAAUGUCAUGGAAGUUCUGAGGUUCUAAAGAAAAGUUAAAAGCAAUUGCUAGAAAAAGCUUUUAUUAUAUUAAAACAGACAGUUAUCAGUCUUACGUUGAUUAUUUUCUGUAACCUCUGCACUGAGCAUGCUGUUAUACACAAUAUAAAACUAAAACUACGUGUUUUGAUGUGUUAUACUGGUACCUGAGCUGUUUGUUUUGAGAUUUAAAAAAUUAAGUAAUAAUUAAGUUAUUAAUAUCCCCAGCAGUGGAGUGAAUGAUUCAUUUAUUUUGCAUUAGGAGUUAUUGGGCAAUUAAAGAUAUAUCUUUUGAACUUCUGUCCAAAGGAUGGGUCCCUGUCAGUGGGAAACCGGUCCCCUGAAAUGUUGAAAUUUACAUUUCAAUGCAGACAUUUCCAUUAUGUUACAUUUAUAGGCAACAUAUGAAACUUUUUUUUUUUUUUUUAUGGUAAACAACUAUUAUAGGCUUAGUAAACUGUGAUUGAAUUGUCAUGAGUGCCUUGUCGAUCAACUAGUAUUACUCUAGUUGUCAGCACUGAAUAUAAAAACAAGAAUAUCAAAGAUAAGCUUGAAACUUCAGUGAGGCGUGCAUUUACUGGACCUACUGCGCAAGCAACUGUUACCCAGCAUUUAAUGUAUAAUUUGCUUCAACAGCCUUUGGUAUGUGACUGUAACCCACAAAGAGGACAAUGAUUAAAAGGCAAGGAUAUGCACUGGACAUUCCCAGCGGUAUCUGUUGUGACCACGUGUACAAUUCCAAUCAUAAAAUAAUGUUUUUUCAAAGUUUAUUUUAAUAAGUUUAAUAGUAUUUCAUAUUUAAAAUUGAUUUAGAUCUUUGUUGGCUUCUUUAGCCAAAGUCUAGACAAGUUACUUUUAUUUUGUGCAUAAGAAACCUUUUUCAAACAAUCUUGCAGAAUAAUACAGCACUGCUUGCUGUAUGACCACUGCCUUUCUCUCUUUGUUGGCUCCUGUCAAUCAAACUAUGACAUUAUACCUUCUGAAUAUACCACUGCAUUAGAGUGUCACAAACUUAUUCUAGAAGAAAAUUGUUUUGUUUUUAGAUGACAAAACUCAGUGUGUUUGCAUGUGUUUAAGAAAAAAAAAAAUUAUUUA